UGAUUUGAUGCCAAAUGGUGCUGUUUUCUUUGGAGGAGGAAGUGUCUUGAGGAAAAGGGGUUCUGUUUGGAGAAGGUGUCACACAGCGAUCCGAGCACAUGUCUUCCAUCGGGUCCACGGGAUGAGAUGCGAGGACAGAGGGGAGCGAUGGUGUCGGCUGAGUUAAGGUGGAGUUGAGAGCAGAAUAAAAAAAGAGGAGUGAUGGGAGUUAAAAAGCCAGGGGAGCAACAGAUACAUAAUAGAGUGCAGAAGAGGAACAGCAGUUCAUUGAGGUGAGACAUUAAUCGGCAGUAUAGACAAUGAAGAGAGAAAUUGAGAACUUGUGUUUUUUUGGGGAUAUUUUUUAAAGUUUUGGAUUGUAAAAGAUAAAUACUGGAAAACAUUAUGAAACAACAUAAUAAAUAAUGAACCAAUUCAAAUGUCCUUUCUCGGCUGUUGCAUGGACUUUUUUCCUUCCCAAACCCUUUGAAACUUGCAUGAUUGAUCUCAGGAAUCUUGCACUAUUUUACUUGGAUGCUGGAAAUCGAGAAGUUGGCGUCUACAUGCCGAAGAGAGAACUUGGAAUGUAAAAGUAUGUCGGAGGGGUUUUGGAGAAAGGGAGUUGGAGGUAAAGACAGGGUUCGUACGGUCGUGGAAAACCUGGAAAAGUCAUGGCAUUUUAAAAUGGUUAUUUCCAGGCCUGGAAAAGUCAUAGAAAAAAGUUUACAUCAUGAAAGUUUUGGAAAAGUCAUGGAAAUUUGUUAAAAUUACAUGUUCAUUUACGCAGAGUUUAAAAUAACGAAUAUGCUUUUUAAAGAAAGACGCUCAAAAUAUAAGCCGGCGUAUGCUCUCAUACUGGCGGCGCAAUUAUUUUUUUUCCGCGUUGCAAGUGAACUAGAAAGUUCGCUGGCCAUAGGUCGGGAAGCGGUCGGCAUAUUCUACUUUGCCAGAGAAGUGUAGAUGUAACCAUGGACAGAGAUUCCAGUUUGGUCAUGGAAAUUUGGUUUAAAGUCAUGGAAAAGUCAAUGAAAAGUCAUGGAAAUCCAUUGGUCAAGAUGUGUAAGAACCCCGUAAAGAGAAGAGGGAGGGAUGAACACUGAGAUGCAAAGAGGUCGGUCCAGUGGGCGGCUGACGGCCUCCUAAACCUCUGCAUGGUAUAAAUGAAGCGUGCAGAGCUUGUUCAGCCGCUUGCUCGCGUGGUGCAUCUGCUCAGAGGAGAGGAGUCUGUCGUUCCUGAUCGAGCUGCUACCUGGUGCCUCCCUGAUCAAGCCUGACUGAGCACGUGCCUCUAACUCUCUGACAAGCAACAUGACGGCCAUCAACGCACCACGGGACAAAUAUAAUGCGGUAUGGAUCAUCUUCUUCAUCUUGGGCUUGGGAACCCUCUUACCCUGGAAUUUCUUCAUGACGGCGACAAUGUACUUCACAAGUAGGCUGAAGGACCCAUCCGCUGACCCCUCCCCCCACCCGAUGACCAAUGAGACCUCGGAGGGCGAAGAUACUCGCAGCGUGCUGGAGUCAAAGUUCAACAACGUGAUGACGCUGUGCGCCAUGGUGCCGCUGCUCAUCUUCACCUGCCUCAACUCCUUCCUCCACCAGAGGAUUCCUCAGAAGCUCCGUAUCAUCGGCAGUCUGGUGGCCAUCAUGGUGGUUUUCCUGUUGACGGCGGUGUUCGUCAAGGUGGACGUGUCUCCGCUGGCCUUCUUCACCAUCACCAUGAUCAAAAUUAUCUGCAUCAACUCGUUCGGGGCGAUUCUUCAGAGCAGUCUCUUCGGCCUGGCGGGAAUCCUGCCGGCCUCCUACACCACCCCCAUCAUGAGUGGACAGGGGCUGGCCGGCACCUUCGCCGCCUUCGCCAUGAUCUGCGCACUGACCACUGGAUCGGAACUGCAGGACAGCGCUUUCGGUUACUUCAUCACAGCCUGUGUGGUCGUCCUGCUGGCCAUCAUGUCCUACAUCAUGCUGCCCAGGAUGGAGUUUUUCCAGUACUACAUGGAGAGUAAUGGAUCACCACCCUCUACCGAUGAGGAGAACAAUAUGGACUUACUCAAAAAAGAAAGCGCAGCAGAGAAGCGACCGGUGGUGAGUCUGGUGGAGGACGAGGCCAAACCCACCGUGUCCGUGGUCCACAUCUUCAAACAGAUCUGGGUGAUGGCUCUGUCCGUGUGCUUCAUCUUCACCGUCACCAUCGGAACAUUCCCGGCCGUCACGGUGGAGGUCAAGUCGACGAUAGCGAACGGGGGCACCUGGGAUAAUUACUUCAUCCCCGUGUCAUGUUUCCUCCUCUUCAACUUGAUGGACUGGGCCGGCAGGAGUCUGACGGCCGCCUGCAUGUGGCCGGGUAAAGACAGCAUGUGGCUUCCUGUCAUGGUGGGCCUGCGGGUCGUCUUCAUCCCCCUCUUCAUGCUGUGCAACGUGAAGCCUCGUCACCACCUCCCCGUGCUGUUUGGCCACGACUCCUUGUACAUCAUCUUCAUGAUCCUCUUCGCCUUCUCCAACGGAUACCUGGCCAGUCUCUGCAUGUGCUUUGGACCCAAGAAGGUGCCACCGCACCAGGCGGAGACGGCGGGCGCCAUCAUGGCCUUCUUCUUGUCCCUCGGCUUGGCGCUGGGCGCCGGAGUCUCGUUUGCUCUCCGGGCCAUGAUCUAAAAUGUCCAGCCGACCCUUCAGUAGAUGUAGAUCAGACCUCGGCGCCGUCAAACACUCUAGUCUGCCGUCGGCAGGUGAAGACGGGCAGAGGACUAGAGGACCUCGGUCUUCCCCAGUGUCCAGUAGGGACUCGUCUCAUCCAGCCAUCAACUAUAGAAGAUGAAACUUGUUACUGAAUAUUUUAGUUUUCUUCCAAACUCGAUGCCAUCGAUCAAAACAGGUUUGUUUAUCCAGACUGCAGCCAGACAAGCAAACCCAAACCAAACGUGUAGAGACAUCAGAUGUGGACGACGGCAGAGAUUGCACCCAGAUAUCACAAAAUAUCACAAAUCAUAAGCCCAGCAGAGUUCAUGAGGACGGACCGUCGACGUCGUAUCCAAGAGCCUCGUUCAUAACAGAUUGUCGAGGCUCUUGGACUCGUCUCCAUAAACCUGGACAUCUAAACCCAUCGGUUUGUAAACUCAUCCUCGGCGUGACAAAACAUGUUUAUAAUGACUUUGCUCUGGACUGUUGCAGCUUGUUAACUCUGAUCAAGCCAAAUAAGUGCAUGAAGACAACAUGGUGAAAUGAGGACCUUUUGAAGGGAGGUCACGACCCCUCAAACUGCUAACGUGCCGUGUGUGUGUGAACCACUUUGUGUGUCAACCUGCUCAUAACGAAUCUAAAUUCUCAAAGAAUGUAACGACUCCCUGAAUCCUAAAGACGAGGUUUUAAUCUAUAAUCUGGGCCACGAGCUGCUGGAUAUGAACGGUCGUGGAGCGAGGAGUCCGCCUGUAGUGAAGUUGUACCAGCAUGGCUCUAUUUGGUUUGUCCAAAAGCAGAAGUCACAUUUUCUGUCUAGAUUUUCAGCCCACUUGAAGUUUUUACCAUUACCGUGUCUUCCUGAUCAAUUUUGCCCCAAUGUUUUAUUGAACUCAGCAAAAAGAAGAAUAUGCAGCCGUCGUCAUGGUGGUGAAAUGUGUCAUUCGUAAAUGACAUUUCUCAUUGAAACACAUUUUCAUGAAAGAUAAGUUUUGUAUCAGUAGAUUUUAGUAUGUUUUUUUCCAAACUUUACCACUUGGCUCUAGCCGAGAUAGUUUGCGUUGCUCUGAAAGCGAAGGAGACAAAAGGCCCUGGAGCCUGUCAGUGUUAUAUUUGAGGCCUUCUUGAUGCAGUCUGCUUUAGUUGAACACUAUUAGUCAUAAUGCCAACUGUGUACAUCCCAACGCCCGCUUGUUUAAAAGCACAACGUAUGGGGUUCAUGGACCAUUAAAAUGUUCUGUGUGAAAAUAACUGUAUUUUUAAGAAUCUGGCUCCUCCCGUUGGGCUUUUAUGGAAAUUAACUGCUCGACAUUUCACCAGCUGAAGAAAUUCAAUUUGUUAUGAAACCUCUGGACACAAACGGCUCUUUUGGUCAUUCACGAGUGCGGUAUGAAUGGUCUGCGUUCCCCAGCUGGUCUUUCAAUUCUGCAUUCGAGUGAAUAAUUAAGUGAACUGUCCAUGAAAACACAUCAUUGUUCGUUUUGGCAACUUCUCAGUGACCUUUAGGAACAAAGGGCACCGAUUCAGCAACUCCUCAGAAAUCACCAAUUAUUUUCUAAAAAGCAUGUUGUAAAAAAAAUGUGGACUUUAAAACCGUGAAACUGACUAAUUACAUUUCCCAUGACAGUU